UCCACUGAUUUUUCCUUACACACAGAGAUCUGUCAAAAUUUUCUCCCAACAAUUUUCCGACCUGUGGAAAAUUCUCCAGCUGAAAAUAGUGUGUAUUUUUGAGGGAGAUUUGAGUUAUUUGGGCGAAAUGUGCUUACAAAUUAAUAGUUUAAAUUAGUGUUUAUCAAUUAGUGAUAAAGAGUUGAAGAAAAAGUAGUAUUUCUCAUAGGAAAAGUGAUUUUCCCAUUUCGGUAGGAAAAUUCCAACAACAACACCGCCAAAACAAUGUCGUCGGGAAAAUCGAUUACCUUCCUGGUGCUGUUGAUCUUCGCUUGCCAUCUCCAACCAUCCGCCGGGACCUACCUCACGGAUGAUGUUUUCGUUUCGGAGCUAUUUUCCCUCCGUGUCGAACCCCGCAUGUUCAACUGGACCUUCCAAGGUCUCACGGAGCAGUUCCAGUACCGCCCCUCCCUCGAGGGUUAUCCGGAUUUACCGGGCUGGGUUCGCUACAUGUACAGCCACGAGUAUCACUCCGGGUUUCUGUACGGAACUCCGCCGGAACGGACCGCGGACAGCAAGGUCCCGAUCGAGAUCAUCGCACUGAACAAACAAACCUACGAAACCAAGCGGAUCGUGCUGAUUUUGGCCGUCCAUCGGAAACUUCCGCCGCGGAACGUGAUCCAGAUGAAGAUCGACAACCUGAACUGGGUGCACAUGAUGGACCCGGGGCGGAUCGAGAACCUGAAGAACAUCUUCCGGAACGAUUUGUGGCAGGAGAGCCGGCAGGAUUUGCACAUCAUUUUUAUGGAUUCGGCGGUCAAGUUGGGGGCGAGGCUGCCGUUGAAGCCGCAGCAGAGGGAGGGCGUGGUGGUGCACUUGGGAAGUCGGGCGGAUUUUUCGUCGAGGUUGUUGGAUCUGCAGGAGGAGGUCAAGCCGCUGUACAAGAUUGCGUCGUGUAAUUAUAAGCGGACGUCGGUGCAGACCACGUUUGAGAAUUCCGGGUUCAAGCUGGAUUGGUGCGCGUUCAAGAUGCACGCUGCCGACGACGACAUCACGGCCAUGCCGCACCACCCAAACGAGGCUCACCGUUCUCCAAGUGGCCAUUCCCACCAACAGCAGCAACAGGGCAGCAGCUCCGAGCUGAGCAGCACGGCCCACCUGGACAAGUGGGACGCCCCGAUGAAGUCGGAAGUUCCGGAGCGCAACUACAGCGACGAGUUUGCCGUUUCGUUCGCCAUUCCGGGCAUGGUUUUCGCGCUGCUUCUUUCCGUUUUGACGGUUAUUCUGUGCUUCCAGCACGAGAAGUUGAAGGAUGACGAUUCCGAAUAUUAUUUCGAUUUUCUGUUUAACAUUUGUACAGAUUUCUUCAGGUUGAAAAAAUCUUACAGGCACGAGUACCGGCCGGCUCAACCGGUUCAGAUGGUGCAGUACUCCCAGCAAGCCCCAGUUCAACCCACCGGAACGUUGAAGAGUCUCAAAGAUGCUCCGAAGGAUGAAAGUUUAAGCAUUCGUUCUGCCAGCCCAUCGGACAGCUUCUACCGCGAGGGAAGUCCACGGUUCACCAACUCCUACCUGAGACCGAAACCGCCGCCGUACAAGCCAACGGGCACAUCCGGAUCGAACAACUCGACCAUGCAGCGGAAGGGUCCCGUAGGAGGGGUGGAAAUAUGACAUGGGGAGCCCCGAGUUUUGUUCUGCUAGAUCGAAUCGUGUUGUAGUGUUUGAGUGUGUGCGAAAACAUCGCAGCAAGUAGUGGACAUUUCAUCGGCAUAAAUGGUAGAACAAAAUUCUUGAAAAAAUAAAUAAGAAAUCAUUGGAAGUA